UCCUCGCUGUGUCGCCCUGUGCACGUCGCGCUUCAUGACAAUAGAGGACAGGACAAUAGAGGACUGGGCAACUGAGGACAGGACAAUACAGACCAGGGUGAUAGAGGACAGGACAACAGAGGACAGAACAAGAGGACAGGCAAUGUGUUGUUUAGAAAACCGCAGUUGAGCAGAUGUGUAGCCAGCCGUCAGAUCAAUGUUGUAUGUGGUGGAUGUGGUAAGACAACCUUGAGACACUUACGACAGCCAAACCACAUGUGUGUCUGCUGUCUCAUCACUUCCACAUAACCGUGUGAUGUCAUUUCACAUGACCUCGUGCAAUAUGUUUACAUAGGUCAUCAUUUCCCCAGGAUUCGUGUUGUUAUAACCUGUGAUACGACUCGUGUUUUCCCAACCCUCGAAUCUUCUCGUCUCUCCCACCUUCAUGGCGUGAUGGGCUGAGGGCGGAGGGAUUAUUUGGAUUAUUUGGAUUAUUUGGAUUAUUUGGAUUAUUUGGAUUAUCGCAGUUUUAUUCAGCUGUUGGGAAAGUUGAUGUACAAGUUUAAAACAUUUCCGUGCCACCUAGUGAGAAUAUCUAAAACUUCGUGCUACCGAUUGUGAAGAUCUAAAAACUCCGUGCCAUCCAGUGUGAAGGUCUAGAAACUCCGUGCUAAAAAAACUCUGUGCCACCUAGUGUGACAACUGGACGGCGGAUGUGACCAUGAGCUGGGACACACCCCCAACAUGGCGUCGGUUCUACCGUCUUGUAACACCAGUGACGUCAUGGCCCAGCUGGCCAACGUGACGUCACCGACCGAUGACGUCUACGACCACGAGGGGGCCAUGGAGUUUAUCGUGGCCACUCUGCUUGUCUACUGCCUCAUCGGCAUCGCUGGCCUGCUGGUGAUGAAGAUACGGAGGCGGGCGUCCAUGGGCCAGAGGACCGUGACGAUGCGCGAGGAACACAUCCAGAGCUACAUCAAGCAGGCGGACGAUCUCAGGCUGGCUGGGUACAGAGAUAAGCUGAAGAUUGAGGCCAAGAGGAUGAUGUACUACAUAGAGAGCAUCGAGCGGAGAAAAAGUGAGGCGGGGAGUGUCAUGGAGGUCACAACUUUUCUAGAAGAUUCCUCCACACAGACCAGCCCGCUAACCAUCGCAGAGGAACCAUCAUUUACCAUCGCAGAGGAACCAUCAUUUACCAUCGCAGAGGAACCAUCAUUUACCAUCGCAGAGGAACCAUCAUUUACCAUCGCAGAGGAACCAUCAUUUACCAUCGCAGAGGAACCAUCAUUUACCAUCGCAGAAGAACCAUCCUUUAAUUUGCCGACUCAGCAAUUUUUGACUUAUGCAGGUUCGAACACAUUGCCGCCAAACAUUGGUCGGGAUGUCAGAAGUUGUGGGUUCAAAACCCACUUGAGCUCAAGUGCACUACUGACGACUUACGAAGUUCCAGACAUUAGCACGAACAAUCUGACGAACAACGUGCCGGCUCACGUGACAAACGUGCCGGCUCACGUGACAAACGUGCCAACUCACGUGACAAACGUGCCGGCUAACGUGACAAACGUACCGGCUCACGUGACCAACAACGUGCCGGCUCACGUGACGCACGUGCCGGCUCACGUGACAAACGUACCGGCUCACGUGACAAACGUGCCGGCUCACGUGACAAACGUACCGGCUCACGUGACAAACGUGCCGGCUCACGUGACCAACAACGUGCCGGCUAACGUGACAAACAACGUGCCGGCUCACGUGACAAACGUGCCGGCUCACGUGACAAACAACGUGCCGGCUCACGUGACAAACGUGCCGGCUCACGUGACAAACGUGCCGGCUCACGUGACAAACGUACCGGCUCACGUGACCAACAACGUGCCGGCUCACGUGACGCACGUGCCGGCUCACGUGACAAACGUACCGGCUCACGUGACAAACGUGCCGGCUCACGUGACAAACGUACCGGCUCACGUGACAAACGUGCCGGCUCACGUGACAAACAAUCUGACCACGGAGAGACCAGCCACACAAGAGGACAUGUGUGUUCAGGAGGACAUUGAGGACAAUAACGACGAGCACAUGUCCUUGAUUUAACACCACACACACGCUUACAUACACCACACCAUAUACCACACCACACACCACACCAUACACACCACACACAUCUGAACACAACAGAACAUCACUUAAACUGUUUAACUUACACACUAGUGCCUUCAGUAUUUCCUUCAAGACAUCGUUUAAACAAUACUCUUUCUUAAUGAGUUUUAAUUGGUUCUAUGCAUAUAUAUAUAUAUAUAUAUAUAUAUAUAUAUAUAUAUAUAUAUAUAGGUUUGUGUUUGUAUCUUCUUCGAUGUAUA